GGACUUGCAAGGCAAGUGGCAACACAAGCGGUUUCGUUGUCACUUCCUCCUAAGGAAUGCUACGUAAUUACAAAGAGUACACAGAUUACAGGGGGGGAAAUGAGAAUGGGCGCUUCAAGACUACUGCUUUUCCUUUUCUGUGCCAUGCUCACACACCUUGUAAAGCUCGCUUUUGCGCAGCGAGAUCCCUACGUGCUCUAUGAUUGCUCCAAUACUGGUAACGUUAGCAGUAACAGUGCCUACAGAAAAAACGUCAAUACCCUCCUUUCCACCCUCUCUUCUAACACCAAAAUCGAUUAUGGGUUCUACAAUUUCUCCCUCGGAGAAAACUCCGACAGAGUUAACGCAGUUGCACUUUGUAGAGGAGACCUUACGCCGACCGACUGCCGAAGUUGUGUCAAUAUGUCUGCUCUCGAGCUCUUAUUUCGGUGUCCAAACCAGAAGGAGGGUAUCGUGUGGUACAUGAACUGUACAAUACGAUACUCGAAUAACUCUAUAUUUGGUGUCAUGCAGCUUGAACCUGUGGAACAUCUUUACUGGCCUGUAAAUGCCACGGACCCGAAUGGGACGUUUCUCCAGGUGCGAGAGACGUUGCUGGAUAGACUGAGAAGUGAGGCUGCAGCUAGCGCUUCGACUCUUCGCAAGUUUGCAACUGGAAAAGCGAGCUCCCCAUACUUCGAUAUAUAUGCUCUUUUGCAGUGCACUCCCGAUUUGAAUCAGCAGGAAUGUAGCGAUUGCCUAAAUCAGAGCAUCGCACAAGUUCCAACUUGUUGCGGUCCAGUGCUAGGAGUGAGAGUUCUUAGACCCAGCUGCACCUUAAGGUAUGAGGAAAACCCUUUCUAUGGUUCCACUCUCGAGGCCCCGCCGCCAUCGUCAAGUACUCUUCCUCCGCCUGCAGAAGGAAAGGGAAGUAACUCUUCACGAACUAUCAUUAUAAUCGUGGCGGCUGUUGUUUUCGCGGUCUUAAUCUUCUGCAUCUGCACCUGUAUCUAUUUAAGGAUAAGAAAGCAAAGGAAGAAAGUUGAAAUGGAUGAAAUUAACAGCGCUGAAUCCUUGCAAUUCGACUUCAGCACGAUUAGAGUUGCUACAGACAACUUUUCCGAUGUUAACAAACUUGGGCAAGGUGGAUUCGGUAUUGUUUACAAGGGAAAGUUUCCAAAUGGACAAGAAAUAGCUGUGAAAAGGCUUUCUAGGAGUUCGGAACAAGGUGAUCAAGAAUUUAAGAACGAGAUCUUAUUAGUUGCCAGGCUUCAGCACAGGAAUUUAGUAAGGCUCCUAGGUUUCUGCUCUGAAGGAAAUGAAAGGCUUCUUGUCUACGAGUUUAUGCCGAAUGCAAGCCUUGACCACUUCAUAUUUGAUCCAAGCAAGCAUUUACAUUUGGAUUGGACAAUUCGAUACAAAAUCAUAAUGGGCAUUGCUCGAGGGCUUCAAUAUCUUCACGAAGAUUCUCAAUUUCGCAUUAUUCAUCGUGAUCUCAAAACUAGUAAUGUUUUGUUAGAUGAAGAGAUGAACCCGAAAAUUUCAGAUUUCGGUAUGGCAAGAUUGUUUACACUAGAUCAAAGUCAGGCUAAUACAAGGAGAAUUGUCGGGACCUAUGGAUAUAUGGCUCCGGAGUAUGCAAUGCACGGACACUUUUCAGUGAAGUCCGAUGUCUUUAGCUACGGUGUGUUAGUUUUGGAGAUAGUGUGUGGGCGAAAGAACAAUUAUUUCCAAAAUGGAGAGAAUACGGAGAAUCUUCUUUGCCAUGCAUGGAAAAACUGGAGAGAAGGAACAGCUUCAAAUCUUAUAGAUUCAACAUUGAGGGUUGGUUCAACGACCGAAAUAAUGCGAUGCAUCCACGUAGGAUUGCUAUGUGUUCAAGAGAAGAUAGCUGAGAGACCAACAAUGGCUUCAGUCCUCCUAAUGCUUAAUAGUUACUCUAUGGCUCUGUCCGUACCCUCACGACCUGCAUUCUUAAUGCACAGCAUCGUUGAAUCAGACAUGUCGUCAAACCGAUCAUUCCAAGCUUCACAAAAUGAGGCUUCAAUGACUGACCCAUAUCCUCGCUAAUUCUUGAUGAUGAUCAUGCCUUCGGAAAAGAAGAUGGAUCAAUAUUUGUUGUGUAGCUUGUAGUUAUUUGCUACAUACAGGCUUAAUUGAGACUUAUAACGUACGUCAAAUGGGAGAUCAUGUAGAGGCACAACUCUGUCGAAGCUUAAUUCGGCAGAUGAAGAAGGACUCAAUUAUUGUUUUCUAACUAUAUAUCCUCGUUAGUAUUUUACAGGAGUUGUAAUUUAGAGCACAACUGAUCAUAUAUUUAACACUUCUAUGAUCUGGAUAUUUGAUAUUUCAAAAAAGGCACCUGCACGACGAUCGAAAGUGGUUGUGACCUUUAA